AUGGCUCUGGGGAACUGCACCACAGUGACUGGCUUCAUUUUCUGGAGAAUAACGGACAGUCCAAAGCUGCAAAACAUCCUCUUUGUGUGCUUCUUUGCCAUUUAUUUCUGCACCCUGGUUGGGAAUGUCGGGAUGAUUGUGCUGAGUAGGGUAGACUCCCAACUCCACAGCUCCGUGUACUUUUUCCUCAGCAAUUUGUCACUGUUAGAUGUUGUCUACUCCUCUGUGAUUGCCCCCAAAAUGAUGGUCAUUUCUCUAGCAAAGAGUAAAGACAUUUCUUUCCCUGGGUGUGUGGUUCAGUAUUUCCUCUUCUCCUUCUGUGCUUUCCUCCUGGCUGUGAUGACAUAUGAUCGCUUCAUGGCCAUCUGCAACCCAUUGCUUUCUAAUGUCAUCAUGUCCAAGAGAGUCUGCUUCCAGCUGGUGACUGACACUUACCUAUGCGCCUGUAUCAAUGCCAUUAUGCAUACGUGUACUAUAUUCAGUCUGUCCUUCGGCCACUCCAAUGUCCUCGGUCAUUUCUUCUGCGAUAUUCACCCACUCCAAGAAAUCCUGUGCUCUGACUUUCGCAUCAAUAAGCUAGUGCAUUUCAUCUUUGCAGCCAUAGAAACAAUAGGCACCAUUCUGAUCGGUCUCAUCUUCUACAUUUACAUCACCUUUGCCAUCCUGAGGAUCCGCUCCACUGCAGGAAGGCACAAAGCCUUCUCCACCUGUGCCUCCCACCUGACUGUCAUUUCCAUCUUAUAUGGGACCCUGAUUUUACCCUCAUCUGGCAGCUCAGUGGACUGGGAGAAAAUAGUGGCCGUGUUCUAUACCCUUGUGAUCCACAUGCUGAACUCCCUGAUCUACAGCCUGAGAAAUAAGGAGGUGAAGGAUGCCCUGGGGCAGAGGCAGAUUGACAACCCUGCACCUGAGAGGGCAGGCGGGCGGCUCGGGUACACGCCCAUUAAUGAGCGGCUGCCUCGAGCCCAGACUCAUGGCUGCUCCCCACUCAGUUCCAGGAUGGCUGAAGAAGAUGCUGAGGAGGAAGGCUGGGCAGGUGGCUCCAGAGCCCGUGGGAAGCUGUGGCUGGUUUGCCCAGGAAGAGUGUGGACCCUCUGUCCCUGCAGGAAGCAGAGGAGCCAGGAGCCCAGCCCCAGGGCCCAGCGGGAGCCAUCCACCAGCCUGGCCAGGGAGGAGGUCCCAGCCAGCCUAGAGCAGGAGAUGGGAGACUCUGGCACCAGCAGCUCUGCCUACUCCCACGGGGACAGCAGCCCCUCAGUGGGGUCUCACGGCCCUGAGGCUGAAGGCUCCCUCUUUGCAGGGGCAGAGACUGCCAGUGCCCAGCUGGAGGAGGAGGAUGUGUCCCCAGAACAAGCCACCAUCAGGGUCAUCCAGCAGCAGCUCCACGGCAGAGAUGAGGUACAAAAAGCCCGCAGCUGCACUGCCACCGAGCCUAUCCUGCCCCUUGUUCCAUCCCCACCCAUGCAGGGGAGUCUUGUCCCAGAGAAACCAUCACCCUAA